CAUGGAAUUAGCCUUUGAUCUGUAAAUCACCCUGUUCAGGUUUUAUCAUCCAUUUUAGUACUUCUUAAGGAAGGGCUUGUGAGCAGACUUGGCAUUUUGACUUGACAACCCUGUGUGCCAGUAACUCAUGAGGGAUAACUAUUUCUGAAAAUAGACUGAAUAUAAGUUCCACUAGACCUCCAGAGACCCCCAGAGAGCCAGGAAGAAUAGCCCAGGCCGAGUCCUCGCAUCAUGGGUGAGUGGAGCUUCCUCAGCAGCCUCUUCGAUGCCCUCCAGGUCCACUCCCCUAUGCUGGGCCGCUUCUGGCUGCUGCUCAUGCUGGUCUUCCGCAUCCUCAUCCUGGGCACUGUCGCCGGCGACUUGUUCGAAGACGAGCAGGGGGAGUUUUCCUGUAACACACUGCAGCCGGGCUGCAAGCAGGUGUGUUAUGAUGAUGCCUUCCCCAUCUCCCAGUACCGCUUCUGGGUGUUCCACAUAGUCCUCAUCUCCACGCCAUCCCUCAUUUUCCUCAUGUACGCCAUGCACCACCACAACAAGAGGACCAUGCAGUUAAGCCAGCCAAGGUUCAGCCAGCUGAUUAGCAACCCCGCCAGGGAAGAGCGCCACCUCCGACAACUCUAUGUUAUAAAUGUGGCCUUCCGUUUGGUGACAGAAGUGGGAUUUCUGAUCGGUCAGUGGUGGCUGUACGGCUUCCGGGUUGAGGCCCAGUUCCCAUGCAGCCGCUUCCCAUGCCCCUACACGGUGGACUGCUUCGUAUCACGCCCCAUGGAGAAGACAGUCUUCCUCUGUUUCUACUUCGCCGUGGGAGUGAUAUCUGCCUUGUCCAGUUUCGCAGAGCUCGUCUACGCUUCAUUGAAGUGGUUCCGUCCCACCGGGGAGCAGCCAGAGGAGCGGGUAUGCAACUGUCAGAACCUCCGGAACCUGCAGCAGGAGGAGACCCAAUAG